GCUCAGCUAUCUACUCCAGAAUUUGCAGCAAGGGUUUGGAUAAAAGACUCUUCCAAACGGUCCAUGGGAAGAAAAUUUUCCGAUGUCUUUUAAUGAUACGACAAGGUGUGCCUUUUGUCGUCCAAAUUGAUAUUUCGUGCACGAUAUUCCACAACUAAACUACCUGAAGAGUGCUUGGUUGAGGGCCCUUGCGUAACGGUAAGACACCAUGUCCCCAACCGCCUGGGUUUUGGUGCUCCUCCUGGUGACGGGACUGUGUGUGGGUGCGCUGAGGUACGAUACAGAAGAGGAGGGACUGCUGGCCAUGGAGAAACAGGCUGAGGGGGAAGCCGUGAAGAACAAGCGGCUGCACCUGCACUGGAUUAACUCCUACUACCAGGUAAGCCACUCCACCCAGUGUGCUCAACUCUGCCGCCUUACCCCGGACUGCAAAUCCUACCAGUACCGCCAGGAGGACGGACGCUGUGAGAUCAACAAUGCAACAAUGAGAGAACAUCCUUCAGACUCUAAGAUCGAGAACGGAUGGAGCUACUACCGACGUCAGGCCAUAGCAUUUUUUGGCAUUUGGAACCCUUGCAACAAAGGAGGCGCCCCCUGUCGGAACGGAGGAAUCUGCACCUCCCUCCUCCUGAAGACUCCCCAGACUGAACCGAACCACUGCCGUCCAACCUGCGUCUGUCCGGCUGGUUUCCAUGGAGACGACUGUGAAAUAGACAUGCGACCUAUAGAAGAUCCACUUGUAUGGAAGCAACAUGGGUCGUCUCUCUUCAAGGUUGUCACAGACAAAGAUAUAACGUAUAUGGAGGCGAGGGAUGCCUGUGCGGAAGAAGGAGCCAUCCUGGCGGUAGUGAAGGAUCAAGAGACGCACGACUUCAUCGCUACUCUCAGAAACACGUAUGCCAACAACGCCAAUGUCUGGAUAGGGUUGAACGACAUUGACAACGAAGGCAGUUUUGUGUGGGAAGACGGCAGUCCACUUGAUGGAUUCAAUCAAUGGCUUGCGGGGCAGCCCAAUAAUAACAAAAAUAAGCAAGAUUGUGUUGGAAUGCAAAGUUUGUGGAACGAUCUCAGUUGCUCGUUUGGACGAGGCUAUGCCUGUCAGAAAAGGAUGUACGAGUGGUUCCCGGUGCAGGCGAUUGGUUCAUCGGGAACUCCCUGGGCUGAUGACGUCAUGUAUGAUGCUGCCAGGACCCUUGACGAAAACCCAGAGACGUACUGGCACCCGGCGCGCCUGGAGCAGCACUUCAACAACUGGUACGUCAUCUACGACAUCGGGGACAACCGCACGCUGUCCAGGAUCAGUCUGACGAACUACGGAGACACCGUUCACGACGUCAAGGUAGGUCUGAACCUGGACCUGAUUCUCCGGACUUGGACUGUAGCUGUACCUGAAUUUUUCUGUACCGGUACCCGCCCCUACGUCAAGGCGUUCAAACUGCAGAAAUCCGUCAGCUGCGACCUGCCGGACUGGACAGACGUCCUGACCGUCACCGAUGUGGCAGCCGGCACCAACGCCUCCCAGGAGUUUACUGGCUUCACGGGAAACUCUCGGUACUGGAGGGUGCUGGUCAUGGAGACGCACUCAGGCUGGCCACCGUUCCUGGUGGAGACGGGGUUUCCAGAAGUAUCACCAGUGACAACUGACCAGACAUGCCAGGUCAUCACUACAGACAGUGGGGGUGAGGUGCGGAACCCACUAUACCCAAAGCGAUCGUCCUACUCGUGUGAGGCUAUGGUGACCUUUGACAGCCAACAGUCGGUGGAACUGACAUUCGGCAGUCCAUUCUUCGUGGAUAAGCAUCCAGAAUGCCGCUUUGACUAUGUGGAGUUGUUUGACUAUGUAGGUGACAAGUGGCAGAGUAUAAAGAAGUUUUGUGGACGCUCCCGGCCUGGUGACGUCAUCCGUUUACGUGGGAACGCGGUGAAGGUCGUCUUUCACGCCGACGUCAGCAUCCCCUCUUUGUUCUCACUUGCCUGGCAGUCCAAAUAUGUGGUAUCAAACAAUACUGGCGUGAAAGGCUGCAGCGCCCUCUAUAGACCAGCUUGCGACUUGCCACUGGGAAUGGAGUCAGGACAUAUCACGGACGCCAGCAUCUCAGUGUCGACUCAAGAUCAUGGCUACGGAGAUUGCUCGGGUGUUCAGGGCAGGCUCAACAGGGCUUUAAACCAUGCCUGGUGUGCUGGUGCAUUGACCCCGGGUCAGUGGAUACAGGUUGACCUUGGCCAUGCGACCGUUUCCGGGGUCAUCACCCAGGGCCGCAGAGGCACCGCACAGUAUGUGACGUCAUAUAGGCUUUCGUUCAGUGAAGACGGCAACUCUUGGACAACCUACAAAGACAGAGACGGCUCAGACAAGUUGUUUACAGGAAACACCGAUGACUGGGGCCUCGUGACUCACAUUCUCCACUCACCAGUCACCACUCGGUACAUCCGCUUUGUCGUGCAGACCUGGCAUAGUCACAUCAGUAUGAGAGUGGAGGUCCUGGGGUGCUCCGUAUGUCCAAGUCUGACGGCUCCUACAGAUGGAAGUAUGACCACAAACGUUUACGGUGACGUGGUGGACUUCACCUGCAAUUCGGGUUACAGACUACAGGGGGCUCCUAGCGUUACGUGCCAAGCUGAUGGCCAGUGGACCUCAAGGGAGCCGACUUGUACUGAACAAGUUACCAAAUCCGCACAAGGGAAAGAAUAG